AGUCUUUUGACUUUUCUCCAAAACGGACACGCCCACUUACCAGAUGAUAACUUUUCAUUCAGAUCCAGUAAACCAAUAGUGAAGGAAGGAAUAUAGAAGAAAAUGAAGGUAUUUUUAUUCAUAUUAUUGAGUUUAGCGACAAAUGCCCUGUGCGGAGUACCAGUACUGGUUUGGGAGACCAGCCCAUCCAUCGGAAAGGCUGAGAUCAUCCCAGCACUCUCACAAUUGGACACCGAUGACUUUUCCAACUACCUUGUCAAGAAGGUGCACGUUCACAAACCGCUCAUCGUCCUGUUCGAAGAAGAGACUUUGAGUAUAGAGGAUUUCAGCUGGAAAGACUCACAGCAAAGAGGCUCAUUCCCAAAGCUUCAGAAUCUCACGGGGAUGUCUUCCAAAGUCGAGUUCCUCUCAUCGGUUGUAAACCCACUCAACGCGCUUAAAGACUUGGUCGCCAGCCACGACUACGUUUGGAAGAAAUACGACAAAGAUUUACCCGUCAAACCGAAUGUUGUCCUUGAGGUGAAGCUCGACGAUCCUCUUCCCAACGAAGACCGCCCAGACCUUCUUCGCAGACAUGAUACCGACAUUGCCGAGAUAUAUUCUCAACUUCUGGCAUCGCAUUCUAGAAUUGUUGCUUUAUUCACCGGCAAACACAGUUCAUGGGUUGAAGUCGAUUUAAACAGAGUUAGAAGAGAUGCUGAACCAACUAGUUUUGUCUAUGAGUCUAAAACUAUUAAGAUGGAGACACCAAAGCCAGUCACUUUAAAAACCACUACUGAAACUUUCAACCUAGAUAAUCCGACAGAAACAAAAUCUGACACGAGAGAGUCUUUCUUGAGACUGAUUUUGAAAUUCUCUAAAAAAGGAAAUGAAUCAGACUCGACAGGUAUCACACUUAGAAACCGAUUUGAUGAGUCUAAUGGCAGGUGGACAAUGAGCUCCAUUGAAAUUGUUAUUAAUGGAGAGACAGAUACCCUCGUCAGUUCAAUGGAUGUUUCAGCUCGCUUUGGAAGGUCUUUUAAAUCUACUGGGAAGGUCAUAUUCAAAAACAAAAGUGGAAACCUUACUCUGAUCUUCAAUGGCUUACAGGCUGAAGUUUACAAAGGUGCUGCUGAAAAAGAUGGUGCCAAAGAAUUCUCUUUACCUGAUGUUCCCGAGGCGGUAUUCUUUACCGCUCCGAUUUGGUCCGGCCUUCUUACAUCUUUCCUUCUCAUUAUGAUUCUAACAUACGGAUUUCUUAUGCUGUCCGACAUCAAAACAAUGGACAGGUUUGAUGAUCCCAAAGGUAAAACAAUUCAAGUAAACACAGGCGAUAAUUAAUUCUCGGCAUUUCUGUAAUUGAGCACCGACUGAUAAAUUGAUGUACAUUCCAACUUUUAUUUUUCCAAAAUUUAUAAUUAUCUCAUUAAUUUUUUUCCUUUAGAAUGGGUAAAGUAUCAACCUUAGUACAUUGUUGGUGAUAAUUAGGUGUAGAUGUUUAGUUAUUGUUUUUUUGUAAAUAUGAAUGUAAUUAUUUGUAAAUUCCCCAUAAAUUGGCGACUAAAAUUAAAAAUGUAUAUAAGCAUGGGUGUGACACCAUGUGUGCAUUUACAAUAUUUCAUUUCUUUUGUAAAUUGUCAGCAUUGUAAUUAUUUUGAAACAUCUAUAUUAAUGUACAUCUCAGUAUUAAGUUAAUAUUUUCAAGUAAAA